AAGGCAUUUUCAUGAUGAUGAAGCACUUCUCAAAAUCAGCGAGGCCAGAAUGACGACGUCCAAAGCUGCAGACGCGUUCCCGGCGGCCGGUGCGUGCGCAGAGCUGCUUCUGGCAGAUAAUAAGGAUGCGGUGUACGAGAGUGAGCUCAAGAAUUUGCUGCGUGAAGUGCUGGAGCGCGGCUGCGGGGCCCACCUACUGUCGCAGCUCCUGCCGGAGCUGGCAGCGAUUUCUUCUCUGCUCUACUACGGUCUGUCCAUCGGCAUGCAGCAGCCCGGUCAGACGCUGGGCGAAGAAUUUUGCGAUAUUACCCGCGUCACCAAGCCAGGUUCUGGGCCUGUGGCGCCUGUGCGGCUUCGACGUCACACACUAUGGCUCGCGUGCGCCGUGCUGCCUCGGUACCUGGCCGCGCGAUCCCAAAGCGGCUGGAAAAACUUAAGUCAUCUGACCCGCACGCCGAGGGAGCGUAUGGAGCAGCAGCUUCGUCUUCGGCAAGAAGAUGCGGUAGCAGCGACGGCAACAUCAAAUACAGACGAGAGUCUAGUGGCUACGUUGACACCCCAGCGGCUACUUCAGCAAUUUGACCGAGUAGUAUCAAGGCUCAAGGCUAUGGGUGCAUGGAUCGAGAACGAUUUGUUCCCCGCAUCGUACGAAUUCAGCUUGGCUUGUGUACAGCAAUGGGGGACGCACGCUCACCUCGCAGUUUUUUAUGUGUUCGCACGGUACCUGCACUUGGCGAAACGAAUAGCCAAUAUCCAGUAUAUCUUCGUUCGGAAGGACUUGAUGCCCGGUAUGAACCUGUCCCUGCUCGGGUAUAUGAUGUCGCUUCGGUUACUCGCCACAGCGACAAUCGAGCUUAAGCGCUUACAUGGACACCACAAACAGGAGAAGAAGCUGCGCCAACAGGAGGCGAGGAACGCAGCCGGUAUCCCCGCGACCCCGUUUUCUCACUCGGAGAGAGUCCCUACGUCACUUUCAUUUGUGAAUUCAAACUCGGUGGCUUCUCAUCAACAAUCCAAAGGUGGGAGCGUUGGAAAGAGUCGCCAAUCCCGACGAAAAUGUGCACUCUGUUUGGGCGAACGAGUAUCCCCAGCCGUCACCCCGUGUGGCCACGUAUUUUGCUGGGAGUGCGUCGUGGGCUGGUGCCAGAAGAACAAAGCUGAAUGCCCGCUCUGCCGUCAGGAAACUCACCCUCAGCAGAUCAAGUGCGUGUAUAACUACGUCUGACAAAACUUGUGAGAAGGUGGCAGCUUGCACAAUAAACGUAUAAAUGCAAUAGUGAUUUUCGGUGCUCU